AUGUCGGUCUUUCUCCCCAGCCGGACGGCGGUGUUUGGGACUUGCGUCGCGGGAGCGAGGGCGGCGGCGGCGGCGAGGCAGUUUUCGGGGACGACGGCGCUAAGGUCGAAGCUCGGAAGGACUCCUAUUUCGGUACCGCCGGGGGUGGAGGUCAAGGUUGGGGAGCCGUGGGUGAAGAGGGAUUUGACGACUUAUUUGAAGACUGUGAGGAAGACUGUUACCAUUGAGGGACCGUUGGGAAAAAUCGAGUAUGAUGUGCCGGAUUUCGUCAAGAUUACGAUUGACCCCGUGGAGAGGCAAGCAUCGCUGAGCGUGGAGGAUUCGACUAUCAAGCAACAACGCGAGAUGUGGGGCACGACAUGGGCCUACCUCAACCGCCACAUCAUGGGCGUAUCCGAAGGCCACACAGCCGUCCUCCGCCUCGUAGGCAUCGGCUACCGAGCCGCCGUCGAAGACCGGCCCAAGCAAGCCGAAUACCCGGGCCAAAAGACCCUGACGAUGAAGCUCGGCUACACGCACCCCGUGGACCUACUCGUGCCCAAGGGCGUGCAGGCGUCGACGCCGAACCCGACGAGGAUCCUGCUCGAGGGGAUUAACCGGGAGGAGGUGAUGUCGUUUGCGGGCAGGAUAAGAGAGUGGAGGAAGCCGGAGCCGUACAAGGGGAAGGGAGUGUUUAUUAAUGAUGAGACGAUUAAGUUGAAGCAGAAGAAGAUCAAAUAA